GGAGCACACAGGAAAAUGCUUGUGGCUGCCUUUGGGCCUCAGGCAGGGAGAGGCUGGGAUAAAAGCAAGCCCAGCUGUUUGCUCUCUCCACCACUUCUGCCACCUCCUUCUCCUUGGGAACCAAAUUCACCUCCAGUCCCCAGACAUGUCCUGCUCUGACCAGUGCUGUCCCUGUGGCCCCUGCCAGCCCUGCGGCCCGUGCCCGCUGGCCAGCAGCUGCAAUGAGUGCUGCUGCAGGCGGUGCCAGGACUCCGUUGUGGUCAUCGAGCCCUCUCCCGUGGUGGUGACCCUGCCCGGACCCAUCCUCAGCUCCUUCCCUCAGAACACCGCCGUGGGAAACUCCACCUCCGCUGCUAUUGGCAACAUCCUCAGCUCCAACGGAGUGUCCAUCAACACUGGCUGCUGUGACCUGUCCUGCAUCACCAGCUGCUACUGUGGCAACAGAUGUCGGCCCUGCUAAAUCUGCUGGUCAUGACCAUGGGCAUGAGUUCACAAGAAUUCAGAACCUGGUGCUGGAAAACGAAAUAGUUCCAUGAGGCAUUGUCUUUAGACCUUUGAUUAUUAGUUUCCUUCUUCCACACUCUUUUCUCUCUCUUACCUUUGCUUUUGUCUUGUCCCAAUACCAGCCUGGUGGGUGACCUGUUGGCCUCGUCACUCUGCAGUGUUGGCAGACGGACACCCUGAGGAGCUCCACUGCAUUUUCGUGGCUGCCUCUGGUGCUCCCUGGGAGUUGCCUCUCUUUGUUCAUUAGAUUCAUUAAAGUUGUGCUGCAUCCAA